GUGGAGCUGGGCAGGCGGAAGGCAGCCUGGGGGUACCCCGGGCCUUCCCCCUGCCGGGAGGGAUGCUGGGACCUGUCACCUUCCCACCCAUGGUCCUCCCUCACUGUCCCCCACGGCUGGCACCGGUCACACCGGUGCCCUGACCUCCCUGUUCGGUGUCGGCAAGGUCAGAGCAUCCGGGCCGUGUGUUUCACCCAGUUUCUUCUGCCCUGUGCCCAUCUUGGUCUGAGCUGAAGGUCACAGAAACUUCCGUGCCAUAAUGUCACCCAGCCAGGAAUCUGUUUACCCUGACUAUGAGACUGAGACCAGCCAGACCUCAAAGCUGAUCAAAAAAUUUAAGGAGACGCCGUUUGUACCCAUUGGGAUGGCUGGCUUCACCGCCGUGGUUGCCUACGGGCUGUACAAGCUGAAGCACAGAGGUGACAUGAAACUGUCCCUUCACCUGAUCCACAUGCGCGUGGCAGCCCAGGGCUUCGCCGUGGGAGCGCUGACGUGUGGGGUGCUGUAUUCCAUGUUCCAGGAGUAUGUGUUGAAGCCCAAGGAAUAGUGGGAAGCUGUCUGAAAUCCCUGUCCUGGCGGUGGCCUGUGUACUGCAGCUCCAAACCUCCUAUUGAGGGCUUCUUGAGGAAAACAAAUAAUACAUGGCAUUAGAGAAUUGUUCUAUUUUGUGUAUGGUACACUGUGCUGAACCUGGCAGCCUCAGAAUGUGACCUGGGGGAGCGGGUAUGGGGGUCUGGGUCUCUCUGAUUGACACCACCACAUCCCAGUUUUUAGGGGAUAUCGUGGAGUGCAAUCCCUCGAUCUUCUCCUUCAACUCAGCCCUAAAACUGGUGACUUCUUUUGCUGUUGUUGCCCAAAACCACGAUGUCUGAACUGGCUUCUGUCAGGGAACGUCAGGAGCACCUUGCUGUCAUUUUCUAUCCUCUGCCUCUAAAUUUGUAAUUUAGAAGCUUCCAGUAGCACUAAAUGACUUCUAAAAUAUUGAGAGCUAUAUAAACAUCUAUAUUUUUUAUUUAAAGCAUGAGAUAAGUAUGUUGCAGCUAUUUAAAUGUUAUAUUUAUUCAUUGUUAACGAAGACACAGGCUCCCUAUUUUUGCUAUAUCAGACUCUUGGAUUAUGGUAUUUUGUAACUUUAUUUAGGGUGUUCUUCUGAGUAACAUCUAAAUGUAACAUUUAAAAUACAGAUUGUGAAAACUAAACUUCAAUUUGGUGGUUUAAUGCUUUUAAAGUGUACGAUCUAGCUGAUUUCUGCAGUACUGUUCCCCACAGAAAAUUUUAAAACAUUUAAAUCUGAAAAGUCCCCCCAUCACCUUUGAGGUAUUAGAAUCCUUGUCUGUCAGUUAUUUUACACUCAAUCUCCUUGUACUUCCAGCAGCAGUCACGAAAAUAAAAGCCAAUUUUUUAAAAAAGCA